AGAUGGCAAAGUCCUGGGACUCUUCUACCACAAUCGCACUAUUGAGUGACCCCAAACAGAUCCUUUCUAUGCCUGAGACUUUUUCCCUGACCGAGAUACCUUCUAGUCGUUCCGGUUUCGAAUUCACACAAGGAGAGGAGGAUAAUCCCUCUCUCUGGUCACAAAUAUAA